CGCGCGCGCGCGCACGCGGCCGGCGCGCCCCCUCCCGGCCGCCAUGUUGGCUGGCGUGUGGGUGUCAAACGCUGCCCCAGCUCGGGUGGCUCCCGCCUCUCCAGCGUCGCCGGCGGCCGCAGCCGUGCACUCGCGCGGGCGGGCAGCGGAGGGCAUGGCUUCCAGUUUCUGGGACCUGAGGCUUUGGAGGAGGAAAUGACGAUUCAGGGUUCUUGCUCCAUCUGGAUUACUGAAACUGAACCUUCGUAGAGUGCAGGUUUGGGAGGACAGGAAAGUUUCUCUUGAAGGGCUUCAGAUUUGUAACAAAGAAAAUAAAAAUGACAACUUCAUCUAUCAGACGACAGAUGAAAAACAUUGUGAACAAUUACUCAGAGGCUGAAAUCAAAGUCCGGGAAGCCACUUCCAAUGACCCAUGGGGCCCAUCUAGCUCUCUGAUGACCGAGAUAGCUGACCUGACCUACAAUGUGGUGGCCUUCUCAGAGAUAAUGAGCAUGGUAUGGAAGCGGCUUAAUGACCAUGGCAAGAACUGGAGGCAUGUGUAUAAGGCACUGACGCUGCUGGACUAUCUUAUCAAGACUGGUUCUGAGCGGGUAGCCCAGCAGUGCCGUGAGAACAUCUUUGCCAUCCAGACCCUGAAGGACUUCCAGUACAUUGACCGUGAUGGCAAAGACCAGGGCAUCAACGUGCGAGAGAAGUCAAAGCAGCUGGUGGUUCUCCUUAAGGAUGAGGAGCGGCUGAAGGCUGAGAGGGCCCAAGCUCUCAAAACCAAAGAGCGCAUGGCCCAGGUGGCCACUGGUGUGGGCAGCAACCAGAUCACCUUUGGUCGAGGCUCCAGCCAGCCCAACCUCUCCACCAGCUAUUCGGAGCAGGAGUACGGCAAGGCUGGGGGCUCACCGGCCUCCUACCAUGGCUCACCUGAGGCCUCGCUGUGCCCCCAGCACCGCACAGGGGCCACGCUGGGUCAGAGCGAGGAGCUGCAGCCACUGAGCCAGCACCACCCCUGCCUGCUGCACCUGGGGCUGGCCUCCCGCCCAAAUGGCGACUGGGCCCAGCCCUGCCUCACUUGUGACCGCGCAGCCCGAGCCAGUACUUCAUAUUUCAUCUCUUCAAGGCUAGAAAAGGCCCGGCCACAGACGAGUGGAGAGGAAGAGCUGCAACUGCAGCUGGCACUUGCCAUGAGCAGAGAAGUGGCAGAACAGGAAGAACGCCUCAGGCGGGGUGAUGACCUCAGAUUACAGAUGGCCCUGGAAGAAAGCCGGAGAGAUACGGUUAAAUUUCCAAAAAAGAAAGAGCCGGGCUCCCACCCACAGCAGACUACCCUGCUGGAUUUAAUGGAUGCCCUCCCCAGCUCUGGCCCUGCUGCCAAGAAAACAGAGCCCUGGGGUCCUGGGGCCUCUGCUAACCUGACCAACCCUUGGAGUGGAACAACAGCUCGCGAGAACGUUUCAGACCCCUGGCCAUCAUUUGGUGCCAAGCCAGCCACCUCUGUAGACCCAUGGGGGGUGCCAACCACAGCCAGCACACAGUCUGUGCCCAAGAGUUCUGACCCCUGGGCAGCCUCACAGCAGCCUGCAUCCGAUGCUGGGAAAACAGCAGAUGCCUGGGGAGCUGUCAAGCCUUGCUCUGCCUCAGGGUCCUUUGAGCUCUUCAGUAAUUUCAAUGGUACAGUUAAAGACGACUUUUCUGAAUUUGACAACCUUCGAACUUCCAAAAAAACAGCUGAGUCAGGGACCUCUCUACCAUCCCAGGACAGUGGAACCACAAGCCCUGACCCCUUCGAUUCUCAGCCCCUGACUUCUGCCUCAAGCAAACCCAGCAGUGCUCGGAAAACACCUGAAUCCUUCUUGGGCCCCAAUGCAGCCCUGGUGAACCUGGAUUCACUGGUGACCAGGCCUGCCCCACCAGCCCAGUCCCUCAAUCCCUUCCUAGCACCAGGUGCUGCCACUCCAGUCUCCAUCAAUCCCUUCCAGGUGAACCAGCCCCAGCCACUGACGCUGAACCAGCUUCGGGGGAGUCCUGUCCUUGGGAGCAGUGCAUCCUUCGGGUCUGGCCCAGGGGUGGAGCCCGUUGCUAUGGCCCCCAUGACCUCAGUGGCCCCACACCCAGCACUGGGGGCCAGUGGUUCCUCAUUGACACCACUGGGCCCUACGGCAAUGAACAUGGUAGGAAGUGCGGGCAUUCCCCCGUCUGCAGCUCAGGCCACUGGCACAACCAACCCUUUCCUUCUCUAGUGCCCAGCCUGAGACUUCCUGAGCAAACGCCCACAGUGCCAUGCCAGAGGAUGCCAAGUGGGGAUUCACUCUGAUUUGUGGGUAGUGGCUGAAGAUGUGGCUGUGGGGGGUGUUAGAGUUUCAGGUUCUCCUUCCUGGUGAAAGGGUUGUUCUAGUCCAGACCUUUAGGCUGGAGUGGCAGGAGGGUUAGUCUCACCAUCCCAGCCUGGCCCACUGCAUCUUUUCCCAAGUGCUCAGCUCUGACUGUCCUCCACUGAGAUUUUGAACAAGGAGGCGUGGUCAGUGUUACACUAGACCCGAGAUCCUGGGAUGCUGUCUAGAAGUCAUAUUGUGUGUGCCCUACCCUCAGCUCUAGGGACCUCCAGUUAGUCCCAGGUGUGGACAAAGUUGAAGCUCCAGCCCCACUCACACUGACUGUUGCAAAGUGGUUGUGCAUAUUUUAUUUUCCUUUGACUCGUGUGAGUCCAAGGUAACCACCACCACUGUGGAUGACUCAUUAAACCCACUAGAGGAGCUUUAAGCUGAUUUGAGCGUAACCCUGCCCUGUGGCUCUAUGCUUGUACACGUUUGCACAUACUUUGUGGAGUACAGUUUCAUAUUUGAGUUUGCAGAAUUAUCUAAUAGUCUUUUUUUGGCUAAUAUUUUUAUAACGUGGUUCUUAUUUAACUGUCUAGUUUUGAUAGAAUUGACCAAGUCUGGCUGAAUUAAGGUCUUGGCACGUAUCAUUUUAGUAAUUCUAAUUUCUCUUAUUUAUGGUUUUUAACUUUAAGAAAACUUUUAAAAAAAGAGAUAUUUGGAUGAUAAAAAUAUGCCUUAUGGAAAACUAAGCAAAUUCUUUAUAGGAAAAAAAAUACAGGAAUUUGAUUACACAAAAAAGAUGUUUAUUAAAACAAAAACUCCAACAGUAAAAACUUGUAGCCUCCAGUUGCCUGUUUCCUUUCUUCAGCUCUUUUGGUGAAUUACCAAAUUAAUCAACUCUUCAGCCUUUUUGGCUAGGUCCUGAGAGAGGCUUUUUUCUACUAGUAAAUCAACAUCUUGAAAGUUAAAAGAUUCUCCAGUUUUUAAUCAACUAGUUCUUUUUGUAGCUGGCACACAGGGUUUGCCAGGGACUUCUAGUUACCACAGACGGGAAGUACAGCCGACUACCCUAUCUCCAUCAUGUUCAGGUUAACAAGAUUGUGUGGAAAUGGGGAUAGCACCAUACUUUUGGGCCCAUGGGUCACCAGGAUGGUCCCCAGGCUGAGACAGGACCGGGUCUGACCCUGACCUGCCUGCCUGCCUGCCUGGCCGAUAUGAACUCAAGCUGCCAAUCAAGAAGUAAUAACCUCUUAUUUUGGAGAUGAAGAAAAAGAUCUGCAAAUGGGCUAGAUGUCUAAUAAAUGUGCACUGAUAACUAUCUUCCCUUCCAACCACCUGCUGUCCUCACUCUACCCACCAUUAAGAAAAGUAUUAAAUCCCAAAUUACAGACCAUGAAAGACUUGUUUUUCUUCCCUUUUGGGUCCUAGAAGUUUGCCCGCCUGACCUUUUUGUCUUAUCUUGCAGUAUGAACUUCUCACCUCCUGUUUCAAGGGCAACCAACAAACUACCUGAUAGCCACUUUGGGUCCAGAGUAAACUUUGAUCCUCAGCAUCUGAUUGGGUGACUCAGUGGUCCCUGCUUGAGGGAGGACUGCACUCAGGCCCCUCCCAAAUCUGAGAGCUCACAUGCUGCUCCUAAGCCCCACAAAUCAUGGGCUCUUCCAACUAGCUACCCCUCCUGGAACUGAAGGCUGGUGGCCUGUCUUCUGCCUGGGAGAUGUAAAGGCAUCAUGGGAAAGGGAGAUGUAAAGGCAUCAUGGUAUAAGUCAUGGCCAGACCUGCCUGCUGGGGCUUAGCGAUUGUCCUGGAGUAGACAAGAGCCCUUCUGACUAAGGCCCUAGCCUGAUAGCCCCCAAGCCCUCUCCUGGCACAGGCCAUCUAGCACACAUUGUCCCUGUUGCCCAUUGCACUGAUCCUGAAGCCACCAGCCACCAACAUGUGUUUUGCACAUGUGCCACUGUGUCCCUUGCUGAUGAACACCAUGGUGGAAGAAGUCACCCAGCUGUUUCUCAGUCCCAGGGCUGGUGGUUGGUUUUCAAUUUGUGUUGACUGUUGAUACUUAUUUACUGUAUAAAUAUAAUUUAUCAUUUAUAUCAUGA